UUCUCCUACGGCACUCAACGCAUCCCGGCAGCUUUUUUGGUGCACCCUCACCACUACAUAGCCGGUAGCUACCUCCGGGCUCCUUUGCCGUGCCAUACCAGAAACGAGGAGCCAUGGAUUCGGUGGCGUCGAACACCACCACCACCACCCCGUUCGCGGCGGCAGGCACCACGGCCGCCGAGGAGGAGGAGGCGUCGACGCGGCGCGUCGCGAACCGCAUCAUCCGCGCGCUGCAGCACCAGCUCCGGCUGCUGCACCGCGCGGGCGCGGAGUUCUUCGUGCUCGGCGCCACGGGGAACGUGUACACGGUGACGCUGUCCACCGCGCCGGCGUGCACGUGCCCGGACCCCGCCGUGCCCUGCAAGCACAUCCUCUUCGUGCUCCUCCGCGUCCUCGGCCUCUCCCUCGACGAGGCCUGCGUCUGGAGGCAGACGCUCCGCCCGUGCCAGGUCGCGCGCCUCGUCGGCACGCCCACCACCUACCCGGACGUGCUCGCCGGCGCGCGCGCCCGGGAGAGGUUCCACCAGCUCUGGUCGGCCCGCCCGGCCAACAAGGCUGCCGACGACCGCCAGGAGGCCGCGUCGUCGCGGAGGCCACUCGUCGACGGCGCGGCAUGCCCGGUGUGCCUCGAGGAGAUGAGGAUGGCGCCGGCACAAGCGUCGCAGGGCAGCGGCGGGACCGCCGCCGCGCCGCAGGCGAUCCUGACGUGCAGGACGUGCCGGAACGCCGUGCACGCCGAGUGCUUCGCGCGCUGGAAGCGAAGCCGCUCACGACGGGCGGCGACGUGUGUCGUUUGCCGCUCGCGGUGGAGGCGGCCAAACCGGGAGCAGGAGCAAGAGCAGUACAUGAACCUCGCAGCCUACAUGAACGACGACGACGGCGACGUCACCAUGCAGAGCGCCGACGGCGGGCUGUGCGCGGGGUAGUUGCCGGCGUUCGCUUAUUCAAGAGGCUAAUUGUGACUUAACCGUGUCUAUCUGUACAUAAUAUAGCAUCUCAUUUCAUUAAUUGUUUUUUUUAUUUUCAUAGGGAACUGAUUUGUACGACAUACAUCAUGUACAAACCUGAUGUAUUAAUAAAAUAUUCUUAUCUAUGCCUAUAUUGUACUCCCUCCAUCCCAAAUUGUAAGU